ACACUGGCCUUGACCUCACAGAGAUCUGCCUGCCUCUGCUGUAAUUAUAGGCAUGUGGCACCAUGCCCUACUAAUCACACAAACUCUUAAGUGACAGAGACAGCAUUUGACUCUAGACCAUCAUUCCCCCUCAAAAAAUUUAUUCACCAAAGGAAAAGGAAGCAGAGAAAAGACCAGCGUCCCAGAAGGAAGGUGACAGCAGUCUCUGGGGGAGGGACUGUGGUUUCUCUGAUCUCAGCACCCCCCUCCGCCCAGGCCCCACCCCUGCCCCUCCCAGAGCUGCCUAGAAGUGGUAGGUUAGAGCUCCUCCUGGGUCACCCCUUUCCCUUUGGGGAAAGAAUUACAGACCCAGGCCCUUUCUACCAGAGGACUCUUCUCCAUCAUCAAAUCCCUCCUGGGGGGUGGGGAGUGCAUCUUCCUACAUCCCCACCUACCAGACCUCCAGGGCCCGGGCCCCCAAAGCAGGUCAUCUGAGAUGACGGUCAAGCUAGAUUUUGAAGAAUGUCUCAAGGACUCACCCCGCUUCCGAGCCUCGAUUGAACUGGUGGAAGCUGAAGUGUCAGAAUUGGAGACCCGCCUGGAAAAGCUUCUCAAGCUGGGUUCCUGCCUUCUGGAGAGUGGCCACCAUUACCUUGCCGCCAGCCGGGCCUUCGUCGUCGGCAUUUGUGACCUGGCUCACCUGGGUCCACCAGAGCCCAUGAUGGCGGAGUGUCUGGAGAAAUUCACUGACAGUCUGAACCACAAGCUGGACAGCCAUGCUGAGCUUCUUGAUGCUACUCAACACACACUCCAGCAGCAAAUCCAGACUCUGGUCAAGGAAGGUCUCCGGGGCUUCCGAGAGGCUCGCAGGGAUUUCUGGCGAGGGGCAGAGAGCCUGGAGGCUGCUCUUUCCCACAAUGCAGAGGUCCCCAGGCGCCGUGUCCAAGAAGCAGAGGAUGCUGGAACUGCUUUGAGGACCGCUCGAGCUGUGUACCGGAGCCGGGCGUUAGAUUAUGCCCUGCAGGUCAAUGUGAUCGAGGAUAAGAGGAAAUUCGACAUCAUGGAGUUCAUACUGCGUUUGGUUGAGGCACAGGCCACCUAUUUCCAGCAGGGCCAUGAAGAGCUAAACCAGCUGGCUCAGUAUCGGAAGGAAUUGGGUGCCCAGUUGCACAACCUGGUCUUGAACUCAGCUCGUGAGAAGAGAGACAUGGAACAGAGGCACGUGCUGCUGAAGCAGAAGGAGCUGGGUGGUGAGGAGCCAGAGCCCAGCCUAAAGGAGGGAUCUAGUGGCUUGGUAAUGGAAGGCCAUCUUUUCAAACGCGCCAGCAAUGCAUUUAAGACCUGGAGCAGACGCUGGUUUACCAUUCAGAACAACCAACUGGUUUACCAGAAGAAAUAUAAGGACCCUGUAACCGUGGUGGUGGACGACCUUCGUCUCUGUACAGUGAAGCUCUGUCCAGACUCAGAAAGGCGUUUCUGUUUUGAAGUAGUGUCCACCAGCAAGUCCUGUCUCCUCCAGGCUGACUCUGAGCGUCUCCUGCAGCUGUGGGUCAGUGCUGUUCAAAGUAGCAUUGCCUCAGCCUUCAGUCAGGCUCACCUGGAGAACAGCCCUCGGGGGCCAGGCCAGGUCUCGGGAUACCAUUCCCCAGGCUCUGCCGCUACUCUGAGUUGUGGUGGAGCAGCCAGAGGAAGGGAACCUGGGGGAGUUGGGCAGGUGGCAGCCCAGGUACAAAGUGUGGAUGGAAAUGCUCAGUGCUGCGACUGCAAGGAGCCAGCCCCAGAGUGGGCCAGCAUCAACCUUGGUAUCACUCUCUGCAUUCAGUGCUCCGGCAUCCACAGGAGCCUUGGCGUUCAUUUCUCCAAAGUCCGCUCUCUGACCCUUGAUUCCUGGGAACCAGAACUAGUGAAGCUUAUGUGUGAGCUGGGGAAUGUUGUCAUCAACCAGAUCUAUGAGGCCCGGGUGGAGGCCAUGGCCGUGAAGAAGCCAGGGCCCAGCUGCUCCCGACAGGAAAAGGAAGCCUGGAUUCAUGCCAAGUAUGUGGAGAAAAAGUUCCUGACCAAGCUUCCUGAAAUUCGAGGGAGAAGAGGCGGCAGGGGACCCCCAAGAGGACAUCCUCCUGUGCCCCCAAAGCCUUCCAUCAGGCCACAGUCGGGGAUUGUCAGAUCCAAGUCAGAGUCCCCAUCUGAAGACAUAGGAAGCCUGCACCCUGGGGCCCUGCUGUUCCAAGCCGCUGGAUAUCCACCAUCUCUUCCUACCAUGGCUGAUGCCCUGGCCCACGGAGCUGAUGUCAACUGGGUCAAUGCGGGCCAGGGGAAUGCCACACCUCUGAUCCGGGCCACAGCUGCUAAUUCUCUUCUAGCCUGUGAGUUUCUCCUCCAAAAUGGGGCAAAUGUGAACCAAGCAGACAGUGCUGGCCGGGGCCCACUCCACCAUGCCACCAUUCUUGGCCACACAGGGCUUGCUUGCUUGUUCCUGAAACGGGGUGCGGAUCUGGGGGCUCGAGACACAGAAGGCAGGGACCCUCUGACUAUCGCAAUGGAAACCACCAAUGCUGACAUCGUAACUCUGCUACGAUUGGCAAAGAUGAGGGAGGCUGAAGCGGCCCAGGGCCAGACAGGAGACGAGACGUAUCUCGACAUAUUCCGAGACUUCUCCCUCAUGGCGUCGGACGACCCAGAGAAACUGAGCCGUCGAAGUCACGACCUCCAUACGCUUUGAUCCCGGUCCCUACCCACCCUGCUGUGGCACAUUUUCCAUUAAAGUCUCUCGGCUUUGCUUUU